AUGGCGGUCACCUGGCCACCCGACCCUCCGGCAGCACCUCUGCCGCAGCUCAUACUGACCGAAGGCCUCCAAGCCGCUGAUGUAGAUGCCGACAAGAUUGUCGAGCAAUGGCUCGCUUCACUGGAAGACCGCUUCAAGAGGAAAGACUUCUCCAAUCUUACCGAUCUAUUCAUCGACGACUGCUGGUGGCGAGACUUCGUCGCUCUUUCAUGGGACACCAGGACGUUGCAUGGCCAUGGUCUGCUCAGCGAAUAUCUGACAUCCGCAAAGACCGAACUUUCAAAGUUGAACACUAUCAAGCCCGGCGGAUUGCAGCCCGCCCUGCUGGACAUGGGUGGCCUGAUCUGGGUCCAAGCCGGCUUCAGCUUCGAAACCAAAUUCGGAUCCGGGCAGGGGGUCGUCCGGCUCGCCAACGUGUCAAAGAACGAAUGGAAGGCGUGGAUGGUCUUCACCCAACUGCAGAACCUGCAAGGUCAAGGCCAGCCAGAUUGGAACAUACGCUCUGAUGGCACGCCAGCCUCUGCAGCACCCCACGCAACCAACGCCACGACCACCAACGGCACCAACGGUGACUCCUCGUCUUGCAAACCAGAUUUCCAAGUUAUCGUCGUCGGUGCAGGCCAAGGCGGUCUCGGGUUAGCAGCCCACCUGAAGAACCUCGGCAUCUCCUACCUGGUCGUCGACAAAGGCGUACGCGUCGGCGACUCCUGGCGCCAGCGCUACCAGACCAUCACCUCCCACACCCCAACCUACACAGACCACUACCCCUUCCUCCGCUUUCCGGACAACUACCCCAAAUGGCUGAACCAAGAGAAACUCACCAACUGGCAGGAAGGCUACGCCACCAUCAUGGAGCUCAACCUCCUCCUCUCCACAACCGUCACACACAUCGCUCACGACGCCUCUGCCCGCCGCUACAGCAUUGACGUACGCACCAACGCCGCCACCACCACCAAAACGCUAACAUCCACGCACCUCGUCCUCGCCACCGGCAUGUUCGGCCUCGAUCCCAAGACGCCCACCUUCGCCAGCCAGUCCACCUUCCCGGGCACCGUCUACCACAGCAAGUUCCACCGCGCCGCCACCUCCAUCCCCAACGUGCACGACAAGAAAAUCGUGCUCAUCGGCGCGGGCACUUCCGCGCACGACAUUGCGCAGGACUACGUCAACGCCGGCGCCAAGGCCGUCAGCAUGGUGCAGCGGCACGCCAUCUUCUCGGUAUCGCGCGCGGCGACCGAGACACAUGCCGUGGGCAUGUGGGACAGUGCGAAAUCCGGGUUGAGCACGGCCGAGGCGGAUCUGUUGGGGAACAGCAUCCCGUUUCAGGUGGUGCGGACGAUGGGCGUGGGGAUGAGCAUGAUGAUGAGCGCGCAGGACAAGGAGAUGCUGGAUAAAUUGACGGCGAGAGGCAUGAAGAUCAAGCGCGGGGAAACGGGGGAGGGGUUGGUGGACCAUCAGUUCUUGCAGGGCGGGCAUUUCUACGUCGAUCAGGGCGCGUGGGAGAUGAUUGCGGAUGGGCGGAUUGAGGUCCUACAGUGUGAGGGCGGCGUGGUGGAUGUGGGGGCCGAGGGCGUGCGGUUGGCGGACGGCAAGGUCGUCGAGGCGGAUGUCGUCGUGCUGUGUACGGGCUUCGAGCGGAACUACGUGACGGUGCAGAAGAUGAUGGGCGAGGAUGUGCUGAAGCGCGUGGGUGCCCUGGGACUCUUGGAUGCCGAGGGUGAGAGGAUCGGUUGGUGGCGUCCGACCCCCAUCCCGGGCUUCUGGUAUAUGACUGGGAGCUUCAUCUGGUGUCGUCAGUUCUCGGCACUCCUGGCGCUGCAGAUUCAGGCGAUUGAGCAGGGUCUCAAUGAGGAGCACUGGAGAAUCUGA